AUGCCAAACAAAAAACAGCGCCUGUUUGGCCGCCAACUUCGUGGAACUAUGCCCCCACAGCCUGUAUUAACUAUGAUAGAUCAUCUACUUUUGUAUGGGGCAGAUGCUGAGGGAAUUUUUAGAAAAUCGCCAAAGCAGCAAACUGUUAGGUUGUUGAGGCAGCAGUUGGAUAUGGGACAAGUCCCCGACUUCCACCAAUUCAACAUUCACGUAACCGCCUCACUUCUCAAAGACUAUUUACGCAGCAUUCCAGGCCAACUGCUCCUUUCGGGCAAUUAUCGCCUCUGGGCUGAUGUUGCUAACAUGUCUCCCCCUCCAAAUUCCUCCCCAAAGUCCUCUCCCUCCGCUGAAAAUGAAAAGCAAAAUUUGCUGUUGCAUCAGGACCGCGUUCAGCGCUGCCGAAAAUUGUUGGCUCUACUGCCUCCAGCGCACGUGGUUUUGUUGAGAUCUGUCCUGCGGCUUUUGAGAAAGGUAGCCCAAAAUGAAGAACAGACCCGUAUGGGUGUUAGUGCAUUAGCUGUUUGCGUAGCACCUUCUUUGCUAGAGAAGCUUGAGCAAGUCGAGUCUGUGCGUAUUAUACCUAAUUUGGUUAUCUUUUUGAUUGAAUAUGCACAUGAACUGUUUGAUGGUUUUCUCGAAGAUGGACCACUUCUCCCUACCACUAAUAACAACACAGAAAACAACAGCAUCAAUCAACCGAUCCCUUCAGUCCCCUCAUCUUCCCCCUUACAUCAAUCAACAGAUUCUGGAUUAGCUGACGAUGUUGGGAGUGCUUUCAAUAACGUCAGAAACGCACCCAUGGGGACCAAACGUCGUUUUAUCCUGACAGAUUGCCAAACACAAAAUUCACAACAACAAAAAAUUUUAUCCCACCAAAACCCUUUGAAUCACACAAAUCCAAGGUCUGUCAGUCCAGACAGUGGAAAAAUGUCGUCAGAGCCUCCAUCGGAGGAUGACAAUGAUUAUUGGAGGAGACAACAGAGGAAUAAUAGGCAAAUUAGAAAUUCGUGGAUGUUAAAGACUCAUUCAUUGGAUGAGGGAGUGAAGGAUGGAGAAAUGAAUAAUGUGAAUGGAUCUUUGGGUUUUGGAAUUGUUGCCCCACAUAACGACGAUGACAUAGACGACGACCUUGAUGACGAUGACGAAGACGUAGAUAUAAUAGAUUCAUUAUCGUCCAUAACAAUCAGAAAUCACUACAACCAAUUUCAACAAGAAGAGGAUGCAAAAACACCCGUAGCUUUAAGUAGAGAAAAUUCGGAUGCUAAAGAUUUUAGAAAUAAUUCUGUUACAAUAAUUAAAAAUAAUUUAAAAAAUAAUGAAGACGAAAAGAAUAAUUGUAUUAAUAAUGUUGAGAUAAACAACAAUUCGAUUCUGACGUCGGCUGCUUCACCCAACUUUGCCUGGCGUUCUAAGCAUUUGCAGCAACAACAAAAACAAACAUAUAAUCAACACAAACAACAAAGACAAUUAAACGGAAUACGAACACAACACGCAACAAACAAUUUAAUUUUAACUCAACAACAACCCUUAUUAUCCCCAACAGAGUCGGCAACUCCAAGAAAAGUUUCUGCAACCUCUAGCAUUGGUUGCAAUGGAAGUGAACAUAGCUACAAUACGAACAGUAGUAAUGGGGGAACUGCAGCCCUUUCACGACGUGCUUUAAUAGCCACAAAAUCAGAAGCCUUGUUAGGGCUUCAACAACAACUGCAAGAACAAAAUAUUGGAAGUGAUGAAGACAAGAAAGAAGAAAAAUUUAAUUUAAAUCGACAACUAAAUUUGUCUUCUUUAAAUUCUUCCCCUUCUUCCCAAAUUUCCUCCCCUCAUAGAGUUGCUACAAGGGCAGCAACUUCAACAAGUCUACAAUCGAGUACCCAAUCGUCUCCAAAAAUAGUUAAAGUGAAUUUGCAGAGAGCUGUGCCGUUGAAUGGGAGUGGGGUGGUUGUGAACAACUCGGGGAACAACUCUUCAGUCAACUCUGGAAACGUCUCUUCCCUCAAUCCUUCCCUCAAUCCCUCCCUCAAUCCUUCCCUCAACUCCUCCCUCAACUCUUCCCUCAACUCUUCCCUCAACUCUUCCAUCAAUCCUUCCCUCAAUCCUUCCCUCAACCCCUCCAUCAAUCCCUCCCUCAACUCCUCCCUCAACCCCUCCCUCAACCCUUCCCUCAACCCUUCCCUCAAUCCCUCCCUCAAUCCUUCCCUCAAUCCCUCCUCUUCACCUUCUUCCAACCCUCCCAUCUUAAAGCAACGCCUCCCUAUACACUUGGAGACUAAACGGCAACACUCUACAGGCACCCUGUUGAUGAUGAUGAACAACAAAAAUGUGAACGAGAAGGAGGACUCGUCUCAAAAUAAAUCGGAGCCGUUUUCGGGCUCAACUGAACUUCAUUUGAACUAUCUGAGACGUUCCUCUGCCUCUGCAAAUGUGGAGGAAGGAAAGACGUUUAAUGGGAAGAAAUUGGAGGAGAAUCGUCGCCCUCUAGUUCAGCGACAACAACCCCAGCAAAAAUACAUUCCGCCGAGGAGAACGGCUGAAGAAUUGCUUUUGGAUAAAUUGGAGGUAAAUUGGUCAGUGCCACAAAUUCGCAAACAAUUCCAACAACGAGAAACUGCAAACGAGCCAGCCCCCGUCAUUGACACACUUUAUGUUAAAUUCCCUGGAGGUCAACAACAAAGACAGAUUAACAAGAAACAACAGCUUGCUUAG